AUGACAAAACCGAUCAAGCCUGCUGGUCUUCCUGCAUUUAAUAACCAGAACGAUGCCGACACCAGGAUUGUGCUCAACAACGGCAAUAUUCUCUAUGCCAAGAUGGAGGUCCUUCAAUUGGCAGCCUUUUUCGAGCACUACAAGUCCUUUGAAGAGAAGCGGAACGACGAGCAAUCUGGCGAGAUACUCUACGAGGUUCAUGCUAAGGCAUUCACUUCCGAUGACGAGACCUUUACUCGGAUAAUCAUGUGCAUGUAUACCCACCGUGAGGACGAUCUUGCGAUUACCAAUAUGAGCGCCAUGCAGUACUUGGAGAUGGCGUUCAUGUUGCAAUUCUCGGGUCUGGAUCUCGUAGGUGCCGCAGUGAGAAAGAUAGCCCGGUCGAAAGAAAUGGUUCAGGACCUUUGGGUGGCUAUGGAGACCGUGUCUUUCGAUGACCACCAGAUGCUGUCGAUUUUUCAAGCUGCUUUACGCUGUAGCAAAUCCUGCAAUGGGAUACCUCCUAUCCGAGCAGACGAAGACCGGUGCCCGUUGUGCAAGAAAUCGAUGUAUCAAUACUCGUCGCGUGACGAGGAGGGUUACAAAUGCCACAAGUGCCUUCACUGCAAGAAGUGCUGUGAUAUGAACAAGCUUUUUGUAUCCCUAUGUCUUCCAAUCAUCUGGUUGAUAACGGCGGGCCAACAUUCCCACAGCUAUAACAUACUGAAUCUUUGGACGCAACUCAAAAAGAUGGCGUCAACAGUGGAGUCAAAAGUGGACAAAUGGACCAAGCGGCUUCAGCAUUUCAAGAAAAAAAUCAAUUCUGGACACCUACAGAUUUCACCUGUGUUACUGGAAACUUUCAACGAAGCAUUUCAUGUUCUCUUUGGUUAGCCGUCAUGCACCAUAGCUGGAUCCUUUUCGAAUCGACUCGCCACAUAUUGCGCACAACAAAUCGGGAGGCGAAUGUGUAGUGUAUAUGUUCCCACUUAUAUUGAAACUAUCAACCAAAGCGGUGUAAUUAGCAGUAUAGUGUACGUAUUCUUCAAUAUGGCAAUAAGACUAGCAUUAUCAUAGCAGUAAUCUAUACAUGCUUGAGCACGAUCAUGUUCGUAUGUGGUCAAAGAACGACAUACCGAUCAAAGUUUGGGAGAAAUGGAG